CCUGCGAUCGAAUCAAUUUUUUCCACUCUACGGACUUUUAAUUUGGAACUCGGUGUUUCCGAAUACACUUCGCCAAGGCGGCCAACAUGGCAGGAGGAAAAAAGAAAUCCUCGACUCUACCAUCAAGAAUUCAGAAAACACUUUCCUCCAUAUGCCAGGACAAACACAUGGUGUUGUUCAAAGCAGAGUACACGUUCUUGGUCACGGCCGUCCUUUGGUUCCUGGAAAUUGGGAUUAACAUAUGGUUGAUCCAAAGAGUUGCAUAUACAGAGAUCGACUGGAAGGCGUAUAUGGAUGAGGUGGAGGGAGUUAUUAAUGGCACAUAUGACUACACACAGCUGAAGGGCGACACGGGGCCGCUGGUGUAUCCAGCUGGUUUUGUGUAUAUAUUCACUGGGCUGUAUUAUCUUACUGAUCAUGGACAGAAUAUUCGUUUGGGUCAGUACGUGUUCGCUGUGUUCUAUCUCACCACUCUUCUGCUUGUGUUCCGCAUUUACCAUCGCACCAAAAAGGUUCCUCCAUAUGUGUUCUUCUUCAUCUGCUGUGCUUCGUAUCGAAUUCACUCCAUUUUCGUCUUGCGUCUCUUUAAUGAUCCGGUGGCCAUGAUGCUGUUAUUCGGAGCCAUCAAUCUCUUCCUGGAUGGCCGCUGGACUCUAGGAUGUGCUCUCUACAGUUUAGCUGUGUCUGUGAAGAUGAAUGUUCUGCUCUUCGCUCCUGGUCUCCUUUUCCUUCUGCUGUGUGAGUUCGGUCUAUGGAAAACUUUACCUAAACUCACUCUCUGUGCUGUCAUUCAGAUGGUAUUGGGACUGCCGUUCCUCUUGGUGAACCCUGUUGGGUAUGUUAGCCAGGCCUUUGACCUGGGCAGGCAGUUUCUUUUUAAGUGGACGGUGAACUGGCGUUUUCUUCCUGAGGAUGUGUUCUUGAGUCGAUACUUCCACCUGGCUCUGCUUCUGGCUCACAUUACCACUUUGCUUCUGUUUGCGCUGAAGAGAUGGAAGAGGUCUGGGAACAGUAUUUGGUCUAUUCUAACAGAUCCGUCUGAGAGAAAAGAGACUGUACACAAGCUCAGUGCUGAUCAGACAGUUCUGGUUCUUUUCACUUCUAAUUUCAUUGGCAUGUGCUUCAGUAGAUCUCUGCAUUAUCAGUUUUAUGUCUGGUACUUUCAUACGCUGCCAUACCUGUUGUGGAGUGGAGGAGUCAAGAAACUUGCCCAUCUGCUCAGGGUGUUGAUUCUGGGUCUGAUAGAACUGUCCUGGAACACGUAUCCGUCCACCAACUACAGCUCUCUAUCACUGCACGUCUGCCAUCUCAUCAUCUUGCUCUAUUUGUGGCUCAACUCGACUCCAGCUCUUCCGUCUCAGAAGUCAGAGAACAAGGCUAAGCGCCACUGAGCCCUGGCCUGCCCAGGGCACUCACUGUGUGGGAUGAUCCCUGUCCUCCAGUGGGACCUGUGCCCUGAGUCUGAUGCUGAAACGGUAUCGGGGGGUUUUGUUAAUGGAGGUAGUGUGAAGUUACUAUUUGGGGGUUUCAGAGAGUUUACAAUGCUUCUCAGGAUUCUUAAGGACUAAUGUGAUGCUCAGUCUGGGAUGUCGGAGUGGGAAAUGUGAAUGGAUCUUUAUUGGAAGGACAUUUAAAAAAAUUACUCAUUUCUAUGCAGCUUAUCAACAUAGUUGACCUUUGAGACCUCAAGGAUCUCUUCUUGUUGGCCAAUGGACUCAUUCAGGACAGUUUAUUUGAACAAGAUGUUAUAUAUAACAGAAUAUCUCUGCAUUUCAACAUUAAGCUCAUUCAUAAUUAUUCAGGGAUUUGUUUUCGUUUAAAUGGGUAGUUCACUCAAAAAUGAAAAUUGUGUCAUCAUUUACUCACCCUCAUGUCGUUCCAAACCUUUUCCUUUUCUAGCAUGAAGAGCGAGAGAUUCAAUGCUGAAAUGCUUCAUAUUUAGAGUGUGAUUUUUAUUUUUCUGUGAUAAAGAAUGAAUGAUUGUUCUUAUUAAUCUUAUGAUCUGCUUGCUGUUGGAUUUUUUUUUCUUUUCUUUUUGCAUGACAUGGAUUUGCUUAAUCCAAAGUGUAGUCGAUAAUCAUAAUACAACUGUUGUUCAUGAUUUUAUUCCAUUUCCAAGGCUUUUGACAGCCUCACAGCUACGAAUGUCUGGGCAAAACCAGGUUGAAGGUACAGUGAACGAUUAAAGCCCUUACUGUUUGAAACAACAGUAUCUUAAAACCUGAGGAAGCAUCAUUUGGAAUC